GCCAUACAUAAAAGUCUAGUAGAUCAGUCUUUUCCUAGCGAUCAUCAGAGCUGCAUUCAUUCUUGGCUACUAGCAGGACAUCUAUCAACAUGACACAACCACCAAGCAGCGAGUUGGGGAAUAACUCCUAUUCCUUUUUCGGACCGAUCGGCAUGGCAUUCUACGAGGACGGCAACGCUUUGGAUGAAGCCGAUUCUGUCAAAAUUGUCUUGAGCAUCAUCCUUGGGAUAAUCAUGGUGCUGAGCAUCGUGGGGAAUGGGUGCACCUGCGCCGUCAUCGCCCGCGACCGAACCAUGAGGACUCCAACCAACUGUUACUUAUUUAACUUGGCCAUCACAGACCUCCUCUUCGCCCUCUUCAUUCCUAUAGAAAUCUACAUUAUCUGGUGUCCAGACUUGUACCCGCUUGGGGAGGCAGGCUGCUUACUCCACUUCUUACUCUACGAUUGUCUCUGCAACUGUAGUGCGCUUACCAUCAGUGCGUUCACGAUUGAAAGAUACCUCGUUGUGUCCAAGCCUUUUCUUCGACAAAAGCUUUCUCUCAAAUCGCGAGUUUUCAAAAUCUUAUGCAUUAUUUGGACGAUAUCAUUCUCAUUUUGCAUCCCCGAUCUUUUCAACAUCGAUUUACUAGAGAAGAAGAAGUACGUCUACUGCUACGUUACUAUGUCGUAUCCCAUGAAGGUUUUGCUAGGCGUGGAACAGUUGGUCUUCUUCGUGAUGCCGAUGACUGUUAUAUUCGUGCUGUAUGUACUGAUAGCUAUAAAACUGAAGAAGGCUAACUUCAAGCUGAGAAAUAGUCCCGUCAAUGGAAAGCAGCACAGAGAUAAGGCGGUCAAAAUGUUAGCUGCCGUAGCCGCCUCAUUCUUCUUCUGCUGGUCGCCAUAUUGCCUGCUGCGUAUAAUGGUUAUACACAGCGAGUUCAAGUACGAAGACUAUUAUAUCGCCUGGCGGAUAGUCAACUACAUGUGUUACAGCAGCUACCUGUGCUCCGUCAUAAACCCGAUCCUGUACAGCCUCAUGUCCCACAAGUUUCGACAAGCCUUCAAAGACUUUCUGAAGGGCCGGUCUCGAACUCAGAUUGACAGCAAAAGACGGGACUCUUCCGGACCUUGGAGCAAAACUGAGAGGACUGGGGCCUAGUCGAAAAUAGAAAUAAUAAGCUUAAUUAAUAAAACUUUUAUGUAUGACGUGUAAUGUUAGUAAUUAAAGAUA